CUAAGUUGAAUAAAUCUGACAGCUAAGAUAAACACAUGUGACACACCAAAGAUCCUGUGCUGAAGAAUGGAAGCAGCACUCAUUGAUAAUGCUGAUGUGCAAGUCAGAAGUAGCAGACCAUCUUUCUAUAAAAGGCCACAACUUUUUACAAAACUUAUUGAACUGGCUCUUGCAGUCUCAACAGUAGCACUGUUGUCUCAGAAUUUAAGUAUUGCAGACACUGUGCUCAAAGGUGAAAUAGUGCAUGGAACAAUCAUUGGCUUCAUUAUGAUCAAUAUCCUUAUUAUUUUUGCUGAGCUCACACAACCAAUGGGGAAAGCACCGUUGGUGUUGUCCUCAGUAUUUGGCUGUCUGAUGUUUACUCUCACUGGAGUAUUCCUGCUGCAAGAAAGUAAGAGUGCUAGUGUAGUGACUUCUGGGAUAAUAUCAGUUGUUGAAGGCAUUCUUUUUUUAGGUGAUAUUUUCAUUUCCUUGUGUUACCGACGUAACUACAUCCCUAUAGAUUGAAUUUCCACCUGUGAAAUUGUACUGAAUGUACUGAAAAUUUGAAAGUAUCUACUGAAUAUGUGAUAGUCUGUAUUGAAAAUGUAUAUUUAUAAUAAUGUCAGCUGGGAUGAUGAGACUGUUAUGUCAUACUUUGUAUUAGUCUUAUAGGGCCCCAAAUCUUCAUAAUUUUGGUAUUACCAGCCUUCAUUUCUGAAAUACCAAAUAAGUUUGUAGAUGUAAGUGUACUUACUCUUGCAUGGCUGUAAAAAUAUCUGAAUAAUACAGUUAUGAGACUCAUUUAUAACUACCAAGUAACAACAAUGAAUAAUCUACAGUGCAAGAGAGAGAAUAUGAAUGCCAUCCCUGAUGACAGAAAAAAAUUGUUUUCACAUGUAGAAUGUCAUGUUCACAUAUUGGUAUUUCAGUGCAAUGUUAAUAUUAUUAUUAGGCUGAACUGUUGUAUUAAGUACCCAAAGUUUCAGAAUUGCUACAAAAGACAAAGAUGCUAACCAAGUAAAUUUUUAAUAAGAUUAGGAAGAGAGAACUGUAAACAGUAUUGGUCAAAUUAUGUGAAGAUACAGUCAGUGUGCAGUAGCCAAGGAUAUAGUGUGACUCUAGCACUGCCACCAUAGGUUUGCUGUUGAAUAUUAAAUAU